AGUGGCUCCAGCUUCACUUCUCUCUGUGUUCAGCAUGUUAUCAGUUUAUUAGUAGAAGUUUACAAUGGCAGUGCAGCGCCGAGGCAACGUGAGAACCGCAGACACGAGUAACAUUGAGAAAAAAAUUAAAAGGGUGAUUGCACAGAGACAGGCUUCAUCAUACAGAGGAUACACUGCUGUCCUGCUGGCCCUCCUGGGCACCUGUGCACUACUGACCUGGCUCUGGUCAAUCUGGACUACUGACAUCACAGACACGAUGGUCUCCAGAGGGGAAAUACUCACACAGCCAAGAGUGUUCAAGGUCCAGUGCUCUGAAGAUUAUCGAAAAUACAAGCACUUCCCAGGCUGCACCCCUACCAGUUGUGGCCGAGCGGUUUCAGACAGCAUAGUAACCGCAGAUGAGGCGCAGAUACUGAAGAGGAUAGCGGAAAGAGGCCUGGAGCUCGGUGGUUCAGAUGGAGGCGCAUCCAUUCUGGAUCUGCACUCUGGAGCUUUGUCAAUGGGGAAGAAGUUUGUGAAUAUCUACAGAUAUUUUAACAAUCAAAUAAGAGACAUCUUCACUGAAGAGGAUUUUGACCUCUACAGGGCUGUGCGUGGCCGCAUUCAGAGGGUAGUUGCUGAAACAUUUGGGUUGGACUCCAGUAAGCUGUACCUCACCAAGCCCACUUUCUUCUCUCGCAUCAACAGCACUAGUGCCAAGACUACUCAUGAUGAGUACUGGCAUCCACAUAUUGACAAGGUGACCUAUGGGUCCUUUGACUACACUUCAUUACUGUACCUGACAGAUUACGGUGUGGAUUUUGGAGGGGGGCGAUUCAUCUUUAUGGACCCAAACAGCAACCGAACAGUGGAGCCCCGUGCAGGACGAGUGUCUUUCUUUUCUUCAGGCUCCGAGAACCUCCACCGUGUGGAGAAGGUGGCAUGGGGCACACGUUACGCCAUCACUGUGUCCUUCACAUGUGACCCCGAUUAUGCUAUAGCUGAUCCCAGCUUACCAUAGGGUCCUUCUGAGAUAAUGGCUGGAGCCCUGGGACAAAAACAGAACAUGACGUGAGAAGAUACUGAAGUAUUCAACUGAAGCUUGAACUUUCACAUUCCUUUUUUUUGUUUUCUUUGAGAGAGAUUUAACAGACAUUAAGAACUUGGAAGAACAACGAUAACUGCAUGAAUUACAAUUGCUGUCUAUUUUAACAAAAAGAAAAUUUCACUCUUUCAAAAUCUUAUUUCUUGUGGACUUUUGUUCUGCUCUUGUAUUUCUGCCUUUGAUUUUCUCUGCUUGUCUAAUUUCCUUGUAAGUAGCACCUUCUUAGCUUUUAUCCUUUUGUCACAGUUGGAUUGGUUAUCACAGAUUGGACAAACAGCACAAGUGGAAAUUCUCAGCAUUUGGUGUGAAUGAAAUUGUUGAAAGUUCAGAUUGCUUGUGGCUUAUUGAGAGAGCUUUUCAAAAGCGUUUGCUUUCAAUACCUUUUCAGGACUGUACCGUGUCUAAAUAGAGUGAAACCGUUUGAACAAUGGCACCGCAGCGCGUUUUACUACUACUGAGAAAGUUGUCGUCUGAACAAGUGUCUAUCAGUAGUACUGGCUGUCCGUCAAUCAUAGUCCCUACGAGAGAGGUUUAAACAAGCUGCUGUGCUGCAGAAGUUUAUUAAUGCAAAAUAUUCCGAUCAGACCUUUUACUGUCAUGACAUGCACAGAAAUGCAUCAAUUUGCCCACUCCCUGGAAAGUACAUCUUGAUCUUGAAUUAAUUCUGCCAGUUCAAAUCAUGACUAAAUGAUCUUGGGAAUAAAUGGCAUUUAUUGAUCUCA